AUGAGCGAUCUCGACAAAGCGAUCGCGCAGCUGCGCUCAUGCCGCCCCAUUCCGGAAGACCAAGUGCGGGAGCUCUGCCACCGUGCUAGAGAGCUUCUUAUCGAAGAGGGAAACGUCGUCACCGUGACGGCGCCGGUAACAAUAUGUGGCGAUAUUCACGGCCAGUUUCACGACCUAAUGGAGCUCUUCCGCGUUGGCGGCGAUGUUCCCGACACCAACUAUCUCUUCAUGGGUGACUUUGUCGACCGUGGCUUCUACUCUCUCGAAUCAUUCCUCCUCCUCCUCUGCCUCAAAGUUCGAUACCCAGACCGCAUGACACUGAUUCGCGGCAACCACGAGUCACGGCAGAUUACGACAGUGUAUGGUUUUUACGACGAGUGUCUUCGCAAGUACGGCAGCGCAAACGUAUGGCGCUAUUGCUGCGACGUAUUCGAUUACCUUGCCCUCGGUGCCAUUGUUUUGGGUGCCUCCAGCACUCUCUCCCCCGGCUCGCCAGAAGACGACGACACCGAGAUUGAAGUAUGCGAUCAGGCUGGCUCCAUAAUCAGCCGGUUUCCUCGACAGCCCGCAAACCAAUCUUCCCAGGAGAAACUCGACAGCUCCAAUAAAAACACAGUGGACAAGACGGGCCCACCCGGCACAGGAGCAUCUGGAUCCAGCAGCGGCAGCGUGGGAAACCCUACGGGGGCCAUCCUUUGCGUGCAUGGUGGAUUGAGUCCCCUUGUUGACACAGUAGACAAGAUUCGACUCAUUGAUCGGAAACAAGAGGUUCCCCACGAAGGAGCCAUGUGCGAUCUUUUGUGGUCUGAUCCGGACGAAAUUGACGGUUGGGGUCUUUCUCCCCGAGGAGCCGGAUUCCUCUUUGGGGCCGAUAUUGUCAAAGUCUUUAAUCACCGAAACGACCUGAGCCUCAUCGCGCGUGCGCAUCAGCUUGUCAUGGAAGGGUUCAAGGAAAUGUUUGACGCUUCUAUCGUCACCGUCUGGUCUGCUCCUAAUUACUGCUACCGAUGCGGCAAUGUCGCUGCCGUGCUGGAGCUCACCGAGGACGAAUCAGGCACGGGCAUCUUCCAGAGGACGAAUGGAGACGUUGGCCGUAGUUCUGGUGGCAUAAUUGAGUCGAGAGGCGGUCCUAAGAAUGGACCUGCUCGACGGUAUCGCGUGUUCCAAGCUGCACCUCAGGACUCUAGGGGGAUGCCUGCCAAGAAGCCAGUUGCCGAUUAUUUCUUGUGA